AUCGAAGUAUAAAUAUGACCGGUGUCUAAGGCUAAGGUAUCAUAACCGAUCAGAAGCUUCUCUAAACAUGAAGUUACUAGGAUUGGCAUUAGUUGCAGUUGUGGCACUUGCCACUGUUCAGACCAGCGAAGCCUUCAGUUUAUUCGGUUGGCAUAAAGCAAAACACGUAGCAGCACUAGCUGAUGAACCUUCUCCACCAUCUGACUUACCAACUCCACCAUCCGGUGAGCCAUCACCACCACCACCACCAUCUGGUGAACCUCUUAAAGUAAAGGAUGAGCCUUCUCCACCAUCUGACUUACCAACUCCACCAUCCGGUGAGCCAUCACCACCACCACCACCAUCUGGUGAACCUCUUAAAGUAAAGGAUGAGCCUUCUCCACCAUCUCCACCAUCUGACCUACCAACUCCACCAUCCGGUGAGCCAUCACCACCACCACCAUCUGGUGAACCUCUUAAAGUAAAGGAUGAGCCUUCUCCACCAUCUGACUUACCAACUCCACCAUCCGGCGAGCCAUCACCACCACCACCACCAUCUGGUGAACCUCUUAAAGUAAAGGAUGAGCCUUCUCCACCAUCUGACUUACCAACUCCACCAUCCGGUGAGCCAUCACCACCACCACCACCAUCUGGUGAACCACUUAAAGUAAAGGAUGAGCCUUCUCCACCAUCUGACUUACCAACUCCACCUUCUGGUGAACCAUCACCACCUCCACCUCCAUCUGAUGAACCUCUUAAGGUAGUGAAGGAUGAGCCUUCUCCACCAUCUGACUUACCAACUCCACCAUCCGGUGAACCAUCUCCACCACCACCACCAUCUGAUGAACCACUCAGACGCAGAGCAGUAAAAGACGAACCAUCUCCACCAUCUGACUUACCAACUCCACCAUCCGGUGAACCAUCUCCACCACCACCACCAUCUGAUGAACCACUCAGACGCAGAGCAGUAAAAGACGAACCAUCUCCACCAUCUGACUUACCAACUCCACCAUCCGGUGAACCAUCACCACCACCACCACCAUCUGGUGAACCUCUUAAAGUAAAGGAUGAGCCUUCUCCACCAUCUGACUUACCAACUCCACCAUCCGGUGAACCAUCUCCACCACCACCACCUACUGCUUAUAUUUUCUAAACUGAAAAUUUAACACGCCUUGUAAGAUAAUGUAUUUUUUUAAUUUUUGUAA